UGCAACUAUCAGAGUUCAGUUCCAAAUUGUAAACAAUUAAAACGUGGAAACAAUCCAUAAAUAUACAGUAUUGUGAAUAAAAAAGACUAAAUUACUUACUUAAAACUUGUGUGUAAUUAUGAUUUCAUACUCAGAAGGGAUUAUUUGAACGGUUUUGAGUGCGUGGUGAGGUUUUAGAAACGGAUUAGAAACUCCAAUAUGCAACCACGACGUUUUAGUUGGCAGAGUGAGUUCUAAGGGAAGAAUCAACUAAUUCCAAAGAUGCACCGGAGUCUUCGCAUAGGCAGCGGGCCUUUGGACGGCAACUCCUUGUCCGCUUUAAGGUCCGGUCCCUACGAGGGCAAAAUCGCCGGUCUCUACGACCUGGAGGAGACCCUCGGCAGAGGCCAUUUCGCUGUAGUCAAACUCGCUAGACAUGUCUUCACCGGUGAGAAAGUCGCCGUCAAAGUCAUCGACAAAAGCAAACUCGACGAAGUCUCCAAAGCGCAUCUUUUCCAAGAGGUGCGUUGCAUGAAGCUCGUGCAGCAUCCGAACGUCGUUCGACUGUACGAAGUGAUAGACACCGCCACCAAACUCUACCUGAUAUUGGAACUGGGGGAUGGGGGCGAUUUGUACGACUACAUCAUGAGACAUGACACCGGCUUGUCGGAACAACUGGCCAAAGAGUAUUUCAGACAGAUCGUUCGGGCGAUUUCGUACUGCCAUCAGUUGCAUGUCGUCCAUCGAGACCUUAAACCGGAGAAUGUGGUGUUUUUCGAAAAGUUAGGAGUAGUGAAAUUGACCGAUUUUGGGUUUAGUAAUAAGUUUUGUCCGGGACAAAAACUAGAAACAUCAUGUGGAAGUUUAGCAUAUUCUGCUCCUGAAAUUUUAUUGGGUGACUCUUAUGAUGCUCCAGCUGUUGAUAUUUGGUCUUUGGGUGUUAUUUUGUAUAUGUUAGUUUGUGGCCAAGCGCCAUUUCAAGAAGCCAACGAUUCGGAAACUUUAACCAUGAUCAUGGACUGCAAAUACAGUGUUCCUCCUCAUGUUUCAAAAGACUGCCAAGAUUUAAUAGCUCGAAUGUUAGUGAGAAACCCGGAAAAGAGAGCAACACUUGCGGAAAUAGCCAAUCAUAAAUGGUUAAAGAUCGACAAACAGGAUAAUCCACCGAUUGAUACUCUACCACUAGUUUCAAGAGAACAGUUAAGUGAAGAAGAUCACAAUCUGAUUGUUCAAAAAAUUGUAAAUGGAAAUAUUGCUACCAAAGAAGAAAUCCAAGAAUGUUUAGAUAAAAAUGAAUACAAUCAUAUAACCGCUACUUAUUAUCUAUUAGCUGAAAGAAAAUUAAGAGCAAAACGACAAGAUCAAGCUAAUAAAAACAAAAGACCGGAACAUUUGGCUGUACCACACAACUCGCCUGCUCCCAAGAGGGAUAACAAUGGCACGGGACCCACACCUUGUCUACUGACUGUACCCAGGACGCCAGGAGAUGUACCACAAAGAUCUCGCAAAUGCAGCAUCGUGCAGGAAGACGAGGAAGAAGAGGACAUUUCAAGCUGUUCCGGUCGUGAAGAACUCGUCCCACCUCUCAACCGUCGCGGCUCCCGCUCCGAAGGCCGCCUCAAUUUAGCCCUCCAAGAGCGUCUCGCCGAAUCGGAACGCCUCAAACCCAUCACGGACAAAAUCGAAUCCAUUGAUGCAAAACCCAAAGUCCAAGUGCGCCAACCCAACGACAAACCCCAAACAAACAUGAAAUGGCGCAUGGAAAAAAGCUCCAGUCUAGUCGAAUCAAAAAUAAUCAAAGACAUGGUGCCCAAAACCGACGCCACCACCACCACAAUCAUCACCGAUUCCUCAACCAUCUCAAUCCCGAUAAUCACGACGAAUUCGCCCCUGAGUCAGACAAUCCCCAAAUACAAGACAAUGCCCUCACCUACGCGAACCACAGGGUUAAGUGGGGGCUCACCUCUUCAAUUGAACGAGAUUUUCGAAGAGGGCGAUGGCCAGGAAACCCCGAGACCAACCUCUAGACAAUUUCUCAGGAAUCAGAAUCGGACUUCGUAUGAGCAAAGACGGUCAAAGUUUCACAAAGCGAGGACGGCGUCGUGUAGUUCCUCGGAUGCCAGCGACGACGAUAGUGAAAAAAGGAAAAAAAGGGCACAUAAAUUGACCAAUGCGAGUGCGAAGCCCUUUCAAGGGCGUCGAGACAGUCAUGACGACAGUAGCGACUCACAAGAACCCAGUACUGGGACUGGAACCAGUGGUAAUAACAAUAAAAUCACAACGACGGGACAAAACACUAGUAAUAGUCAACAACACAAGAAUGGGAGUACGGGAGGGAACACCACAGGUGGGAGGAAAAACACCAAUAUAAGGCAUAAAGCAGGUCGGAGGAGAAACGGGGAGACGAGACUCAGAGAAAGCCAAUCUUUGAAUCGCAUCACUGAGGUUCAAGAAGACGGGGCACAUGCCCUAGUGAUUGCCACUAGUGUAGUAGGAACACAGGGUGUAAUGAACCCCAAAGUCAAGGGGAUCGGUGCUAGGAUCCUCCAAGGGUUCAAUAACAUGUCGAAGAAGAACCAAGAGGAGAAAGUGACUCACAUAUCGCGCAAAGAUACGGUCAAAAGCGCUGAUUUCGAUGGAAUUGAGAUUGAAAAUAAGAUUGUGAGUGAGAGAUCGGGGUUGAAGAAGAUGCGGUUAUUGGGGAAGUACUUCCAAGUCCACAAGAAGUUGUGUAUUCCUCUCCCGGGGCUGUUUACUCGGAAUAGAUUGUAUAAAGCCCAGUCGUGUAGCUCGUUAUCGCGCGAUAAAAUCGCCCUGAAUCCGGAGACUGUGAUGCGUUGCAGGCAGAGGGCUGUGAGUGUUAUUCGGAAUAGUGAUGGUGAUAUUAAUCAAAACGAUAAACCGCGGAGGAAGUCGUCCACUGUUGUGCAAUUGAAUAAUGUGUGCACUGAAUUGACGGGGAUUUGUGCGGUGCAUCUUGGACAGGCGUCGAAAUGUUGCAGUUUUUGUUGACAGUAAGUCAAUUUGUCAUAAACCAAAGUUAAAGCGUUAGUCGAAUCCACGAUCGUAAAAUAGACAGGUCUGGAAAUUCGUGUUUCAAAAUUGAAUUAAAAAAUCUGGAUCUCAGUAGGUUUUAAGGGCCAGUUGUGCCUCUAUCGGAUACUACGUUAAUUACUGCGUAUUUAUCGUCGUCUGCGUUGAUUGACACUAAUAAAAGUCUGGGCAAUAGGCCAAAAUCGUGAACUUGUCAAAGUGGUAAAUUCCGGUAGAUGACGCGCUCGUCACGCUCCAAAGGAAACUGUAAUUUGUGAAAUUUGAAAUUUUGCAAGAAAUUAAAUGUUACAGUUGUUGACACAUUUAAUAAAAUAUUGAUCUGUCACACAACUAAUUCAUUUUUUUAGCUUAAGAAGCGCAGUAUCAAUAUCAUUCAGACAUUACAUUAUAAUUUUUAAAAUGCCAAGUAUCCCAACUUGCUGUGUUCCAAACUGUGGGCUAGAGGAGAAAGAGGAUGUUAUUUUACAUCAAUUUCCAAACAGUAGGAAUCAAAAAAACGAAUGGCUUAAAAGAAUAUUUGGUACCAUCGGCAAUAUACCCCCAAAUUCCGUGAUUUGUGGAAAACACUUUGAAAUAACGAGCUAUUAUAAAAACAAAAAAUUGUUACCAAAUACAGUUCCAUCCUUGCUCUUGAAUUAUAAAAGAAUUACUCGUUUUCAGGUAAUCUCUACCACUUCCAUUAAUUCAGAACGUAAGCCGUUAGAAACGUCUGCACCGUGUCUCCAAUCUCCAGAGUCAUUUGACAAAAAUUAUAUACCUAAUUUCAAGUCCAUUUCGAUUUGAUUUUGAUCAACAAAGCGGUUUAAAAGUAGGUGAUACUCAUGAUUUUGAUUUAAAAAAUGUUUCGGAUGCAAUAAGUUUGUCUUACUAGAUAAAAUUCAAAAUUUAGAAAAAAAGUUACAGGAAGCACAGUAAAGGUCAACAUUGUGUGGUGAAAAUUGAGUUAGAUGAACUAAGGGCUUUCUUUUUACUUGAUCAAAUUAUAAUUAUUCCCUAAAAAAUCCAAGAUGGUGUGAAGUUACAGUACGUCAUUGGAGGUACAUUUCUUCAAAAGGUUAUGAAUUUGCGAAAAGAAGUCUGUUUUUAAAAGCUCCAUCCAGAAGAACUUUAGACAGAUUUAUGGGAAAUUGUUAAUGGGAUCCAGGCUUGACUAAUUUAAUUAAAAUAAAAACAGAAUAACUGCUGAAAGCAAUAAUUUAAAAGACGUUGAGAAAAUAUGUUUAUUUUUUUAAAUAAAUAAUAUUAUAUUUGCGUAUAAAAUGUUUUAAUUUUUG